AAUAGUCAAAAUAAAGAAAAACCCAUGAAUGAGUAGGUGUGUCCCAACGUUUGACUGGUACUGUAUAUAUAUUUUUUCAGUUCAAGAAGUCUUAUUGAUUUACAUGUAACAUUUCUGAAUGGGUGGAUUGUAUGAUCAUUUCCCCAUAGAAUACAUAUUUCAAUGUUUUUAGGGUAUCCAUCUAUCAAAUGACAACCAACUGGUAAUGUUAUCUUGGAUGCAGGCUGUCUGUGUUAGCUAACUUCACACUGAAGCUCUUCCUCAUUUGAGUCAAACGAGUUAACUUCAAGCCAUGUCUACUGACUGGGUGUUUCCUGUGUGUGGCAUUAUAAUUUUCACUGGCUUUGACCCAGCCUCAAAGAACCAUAAGUGCCUUCUUUACUGAAUCCCCUCACAGAGGAUAUCACAUUUGAUUUACUGCUGAGAUGACUUUGCAAUUCCAAGAUGUAUUUUGGGUGAGUUCACUUUAACGUCUUGAAUUUUGAUUAACCACUUUGAUACUCAAUCUAUAUGAUCUUUAUGGAUAAGGUUGAUGUUAUUUAAAAAAAUGCACUGCACAGAGGAUAUCAGCAGAGACAGCUAAAUUAUUUACUGCUUGAUCCAAACUGUAUUGUGGUAACAACACCUGAGGCAGUACACCUGUGUCAGAGGCAGCCCUUUACUAAAUUAAACUUUGUUUGUUUCAUUGGCUCUCAGAUUGUCGUCUUUACAAAUGUUUGUUCUAUGGUCUCACAGCCAACUUCGUUCUUUUUCUAAAUAUACUAGACUAAAACUUUAUUUCAUAUGCUAUGAUGAAGAAAUGUACUUGUGUAAUUAUUUUAUGUGGAAACUUGCUUUUGAAUGUGUGGCAUUAAUAAAUGUGCUAGUGUGUUAUAUUUUGUAAUUUAUCUAAAUAACUAGGCCCACAGAACAUUGUUGUGACUUAUUCUCUUGGCUGGAUUGCUCAUUUCUGAGUGUCAGUAUCUCUAUGCUGAGUUUCCUGUAAAACAGGCUAGGCUCUUUUAUCUUUCUGUAUUUGAUCUUCUGACUGUGAUGCAUUGUCAGAACUGUAAUCUACAAAACUACAGAUAGCUUCUGGGUUAAUUUGCAUAGCAGGCUCAUUGCAAUAAUCCCCUUCUAACCUUUGCAAAUAAAAAUUACCUUAUUGUGCAUGUUUUCUUAUUACUUUGUAUGAAAUAGUUUGGCAUUGAAUUAUGUUUGAUAUUGUAUAACACUUGUGCAAUACAAAUACCUGUAUUUGGCAUUCUGUAUUGUACAUUCAUUUAUACAUGUUUUACUUCACAUAGUACACAAUCAUGCAUAAGCCAAAGUUCAGCUAACAGACGACAGUCAAUGGUUUGCUGUUGAUACAUGAGGCGGUCAACAGUGGAAUCCUUUCUUUUGCUGCUAAGCGAUUUCUAUGACCAAGCUACUAUUUAAAACUAUUUUCCUGUGGAAACUGGGUGGUAUGUAGUAUGAGUGAUACAGUGUGGGCCAGCAACAUCUCCACUGAAGGCCUACUACAGUAUCUGAUAUGUGUCAUUUAACUUAUAACUUUCACCUGCACUGGCAUUCAAUACUAUUAUGUACACGGCAUCCUUGAAAGCAUUUUGUUUUGACAAACACCAUAAAUCUGUAAACGUGUCAAAAGCUGCUGUAGCUGAAAGAUGAGUAUUUGCAUCUAUUUUUCGAAAAUGACUUUCUUUGGACCUUUGUAUUAAAUCUUUGCAUUUUCUUUUCUUUGAAGUUAAGAUAAUGCUAUGAUUCUGUAUGGUUGUAGGGAGUGGAUUUCAUCAGUAAUGUGGGAUAUGAGGCUCUCAUCCAGAGACUCUGUGAGGGUCGACGGAUGUGCAAAGACAUGGAGGAGCUCUUGAAGAUGAGGGCAUCCGCUGAAGAGAGAUAUGGCAAGGAGUUGGUGAUGAUUGCACGCAAGGCAGGGGGACUCUGUGAGAUCAGCACUUUGAGAGCAUCCAUUGACCAACUCAAAGUCCAAAUUGAGAACAUUGGGAACCUACACAUACAGCUCUCUGGGAUGUUAAAGGAAGAGGUCAAGAGUAUGGAACAGUUCAGGGAUCGACAGAAAGAGCAGAGAAAAAAGUUUGAAGGCGUCAUGGACAAGGUUCAGAAGAUGAAGGUGUCUUUAUACAAGAAAACAAUGGAGUCUAGAAGGUCCUAUGACCAAAGGUGCAGAGAGGCAGAUGAGGCAGAGCAAGCUGCUGAGAGGAUGAGCAGUGCAGCCACCACCACACCCAAGCAGGCUGAAAGGAUGCACAACAAGUCUAAGCAGUGCAGAGAGGCAGCAGGAGAGGCAGAAAAACAAUACAUGUCAAACAUUGAACAGCUAGACAAGAUUCGCCAAGAAUGGGAAACCACACAUGAGAGCACAUGUGAGGUCUUUCAGCAGCAGGAGGGAGAUCGUAUCAACAUCCUAAGGAAUGCCAUCUGGGUCCACUGUAACCAAUUCUCAAUGCAAUGUGUCAAAGAUGAUGAGUGUUAUGAGGAUGUGAGGAAAACUCUAGAACUGUGUGACAUCACGGUAGACAACAACUGCUUUGUUGAGAUGAAAAGCACUGGCUCAAGUCCACCAGCUCCCAUUGUGUUUGAGAACUACUAUGAGAGGGAGCCCUCGACAGACACCAAUGGCAGUGCCCGCUUUGUAGGAGGAGUUAUGAAGAGGUUUUCAAACCUUUUGCAAGGCAACUCCUCGGCUGGCUCCAAAAUUAACGUCAAUGACUGUUCACAGCCAUUAGCCCCACCUACUGCCGACACAUCAGAUGGAGUGUACGCCUCCAUUCCUGGAUUUCAGCCAGUGGAGCCAACCAUCUCAGAGAGCAGAGAGGAGUACCAGGCGCUAUAUGACUAUGAGGCUCAGAGUGCGGGUGAGCUGUCCAUGUCUGCAGGGGAGACGGUGGUGGUCAUUGAGCAGGGUGUGGAUGGCUGGUGGACUGUGGAGAGGAACGGCCUGUCAGGACUGGUCCCUGGAUCCUAUCUGGCCAAAUAAUGAGCUCCUCUUGGCACAAGUAGUAAGGCUGGAAGGCCCAUAGCAUAGCCCUGCCCUGCAUAUGUCUUAGUUUGACUAUUUCCUCUAAGCCUAACAGUGUUGAUAAUGUUAGCUCAGUCUUGGCUACACUGUAUGUGUUGUUUAGUGACCUCACUGACCUGAGACCAUGGCUUUAUCUAAUGAUGGAGAUUACUAACUUAUUUGUUGUCAAGAUGGAAAGAGAUGUGCACUUACCUGUUUUACUUUCCUCUCAAGUCAACAGGCACUACAGUUUGUGUUGUUGAACAAUCCUACUGUAGCCAGGACAGCUGCAAAAUAAAGCACUCUAGUUUUUACAUUUGGUUGAGUUGUCAACUAAGGUGAAUUCAAAGUGAAAUCAACUAAAAAAAUGUCACUGUCAUUGGAUUAAGGUUCAAAUAAAAAAU